GUGAGCGCGUGCGGGCGCUGGGCUGGACAGCAAAGCGCGGAUGGAAGCGCUCCACACCGGACCUGAAGUUCUGAAUGAACGCGCUUCAUUUCUCCACACCAUGGGAGACGGUUUACCGUCCGUAAACUACAGCAAUGACUCUAAACGCGGCACGGUGGAUCUUAACUUAUCAGAACAGUGGCUCGUGGGCAUGGGAAUCAUCAUGGGUCUGAUAGUGUUCAUCAUUGUAGUGGGAAAUAUACUGGUUAUAGUCGCCAUAGCGCGGAAUCAGAGGCUCCAGACGCUCACCAAUGUUUUCAUCGUGUCUCUGGCGUGCGCAGAUCUCAUCAUGGGGUUACUGGUAGUGCCAUUUGGCGCAGCCUUGGAGGUUAGAGGAGCCUGGAUGUAUGGGUCGUUCUUCUGUGAAUUCUGGAUAUCUCUUGAUGUACUUUGCGUCACGGCGAGCAUCGAGACCCUGUGCGUAAUUGCAAUAGACAGGUAUAUCGCCAUCAUCUCUCCAUUUCGCUAUCAGAGUCUAUUGACGAAAGCGCGAGCCAAGGUGGUGGUUUGCGGAGUGUGGGCUAUAUCGGCUCUGGUGUCGUUUCCACCCAUCCUGAUGCACUGGUCCCGGGACAGCGAGGAGACCGAGUGCUAUGACAAUCCCGAGUGCUGCGACUUCAUCACCAAUCGCGCAUAUGCCAUCUCCUCCUCUAUUAUAUCGUUUUACAUCCCUUUAAUAGUCAUGAUCUUCGUAUAUGCCAGAGUGUACAGAGAAGCCAAACAACAGCUGAACAAGAUCAACAAAUGUGAGGGAAGGUUCUACAACAAUCAUGGUACUAAUUGCAAACCUAACCGAAAACGAACCACCAAGAUCCUGGCUUUAAAAGAGCAGAAGGCGCUGAAAACGUUGGGAAUUAUCAUGGGAACGUUCACGCUCUGCUGGCUGCCGUUCUUUAUCGUUAACGUGGUGCGCGUGUUUUGCGCGCAAGUGGUGGAUAAGGAGCUCUUCGUGUUUUUGAACUGGCUAGGGUACGUAAACUCCGCCUUUAACCCCAUCAUAUACUGUCGGAGUCCCGACUUCAGGAAAGCCUUCAAGAGGCUGUUGUGUUGUCCGAGGCAGGCGGACCGCCGGCUGCACGUGAGCUCGUGCGAUCUGUCGCGCUGCGCCGGGGGCUUCGGGAACUCAAUGGAGCAGAGCAUGCUCGGGACGUGGUCGGACUGCAACGGCGCGGACAGCAGCGACUGCAGUCUGGAGAGAAACGGCAGGAUGUCCCAUUCGGAGUCCCAACUGUAAAAGUACAACCGUUGCUAUUUAAUCGAUAUUACGCGAGCAAGAGCGCUGUUUGUGUUUCGUAUCAGGUAACGACGGCGGCUGCGCUGAAAGUGUGAUAUUAAUUAUUCAAUUAAAAAUUAAUGUAAAGUCAACUGCGUUUCUGAGAAAAAUGGCCAGUCGCACAUUUCUUCUUCGUCAACGAAAAUAGUUCCAUGAAAAAAAAACUUUUUUUAACUAUCGCCAAGCAACGCACAAACUAAAUAGCAUAUAUGGGUGGAGCUGAGCGACAUAUCCCCCUUCCCCCACGCAACGCGAAAUCAAUGCUCCGGUUCCGCUCCGGAUUUUACUCCCCACUCCGAAAAAACGCGCACCCGCUCCGCUUCUGCGGCGACAUGUUUCUCCGUGAACACGAAUAAGCGGAGUGAUACGAACAGUGAAAAGUCCGCAUAACAAAAUCAAAAAGCGGCUCAUCCAAUCAAAUUCGUGGACCGGAACUAACUGUUGUACGUAAUAGCUAGAUAACGGUGUCCAAAACGAACCCAUUUAAUCCCAAAUUUUCCCUGCUAAAUCAGACCAAAAAUUUGAGACGUUGAAGCCAAUUGGCUAAAUUUAAGCAAAAUUUGAAAUUUGCUAAUUCAUCAAUUGAUAUUUUUACUACUCUGCGAUUGUGUGGAAAAUGCAUUUCAAAGACAGGCCACAUGCAUUUCUUUAUUUCGUUAAAUGUAACAAAAUUCCUUAAAAUGCAUUGAAAUGUAUGCAAGUUUCAAUCAAACAGUCAUUCAAAAUGGCUUUCUCAUUAAUCACAAAUUUGUUCAAUGACAUGAAAUUAAAUUAAACGUAGUCUAUAUUGCAAUGCGAUUCAUACAAAACAGUGUUCUUAAAAUUAUAUUAAUGAUAGACCCAUUAAAUAAAGCAAACUAAAAUGAUCGCAUUACAUCAAGGCAGUCUGUGCCUUCAUAUAUUGCUGAUAAUAAACGCAUGUAAAAUAAAUACAGAAAUAAAACUUUUUCUAGAUCCCUCAAAGCCUAAAGCAAAUAAUAAUUAGUUACUUUUUGUGCUUUUCCGAGUAUGCAAAGAGGAAAUGCGGUCACAAAUGUUAAUGUGGGAUUAAAUGGGUUCAAACAUUGUGCAAGGGAUGAACUGUAAAAACUGAAAGCUUUUUAAAUACGAACCAUUCAGUAUUUAGCGGCAAUUAAUGGCAGUUUGGCCUGACUGAAGCAGUGUUCUUCAUUCUUCACAGCAAUGCUUUCAGGCUUUGAGCCUUUGCAUUGCUCAUUGGAAUGUUUAAUUCUCGAAUGUGUGAUAUUAAAUCUUGUUUUACCUCAUACCUGUAUAAUGUGCAAAUUGUACAAGGAGGACGUUGUUUAUAUUAAACAAAUGUUAAAAUGUACAGUAUUUAUUUGAUGCAUUGUACAGCAUAUACAAAAAAAAAUAGCGUGGCAAUGUUAUAAUGUUAAAUAUUACUUGUGAUUUGCACCUUAUUUGUGUCAAAUGUGAGCUGCCCGCGGGGCAAAGAGCUUCUUGCAUUUUCCAUUCAUUUUGAAUUUCUACCAGUUAUAAAUGUUAGAUUGAUUUAUCUGUAAAUGAGACGCACAGACAUAUUUUUGGGCAGGAAUAUAUCGUCUAAACUUCACAUUUCUACAGAAAUAAUUUAUGUACCAGUGCCUCAUGUGAAGUAUUGUGCAAGAUUCAUCAUGUUGACGUCAAGUUGGAUAGCGUGCAAUAAAAUGUGAUAUCGUGAAAAGGCA